AUGGCCCCUCUUAAAAUCCUUAUCUGUGGUGGCGGUUGUGCAGGACCGGCUCUGGCAUUUUGGCUUGCCCGAAGCGGUCAUCAAGUCACCAUCGUCGAACGCUUUCCAGCACUCAGGGCCACUGGUGCACAAAUUGAUCUACGUGGUCAAGGGAUUGAAGUGGCCAGGCGAAUGGGGCUCCUUGAUAAAAUCCGCAAUUCUCUCGUCGAUGAAGAUGGCGUGGCUUUGGUCGACUCGCAAGGUGCUAUCAAAGCAACUAUAAUGGCCAACAGGACUGGUAAAGGUGCUCAGUCUUUCACGUCAGAGUUUGAGAUAAUGCGUGGAGACCUUGUGCGCAUCCUCUACGAUGCAACUAAAGACAACGUGCGGUAUAUCUUUGGUAAGACCGUUGAGCACUUUGAGCAAGACGAGAAUCAAGUAAUCACUCAUUUCUCUGAUGGCUCGGUGGACACCUUUGAUCUCCUAGUGGGAGCAGACGGCCAGGGAUCGCGCAUUCGGAAAGCAAUCCUUCCCCCAGAUUCUCCAGAACCAUACCGGCGGCUGGGUAUUCACAUCGCUUACUGGUUUAUUCCGCGCAUUGAGACCGAUACCAAUAUCCGUAGGACGUACAUCAGCCCCAAAGGUCGAAUGAUCAUGCGCAGAAGCCACAACCCAACGGAGUCACAGGUCUACUUUUUCCUCCGGGAUAAUUCCCCGGAAUUAUGCAGUAUCCAUAGAGCACCAACGGAGCUGCAGAAGGAGUUCUGGGCUUCACGGUUCCGGGAUGCAGGGUGGGAAACCGAUCGGUUCCUAGAAGGCAUGAAGACUACGGAGAAUUGGUAUUGCCAAGAGGUGGUUCAAGUGCAGACAAGCGUAUGGCAUAAGGGCCGUGUAGUGCUUCUUGAAGAUGCAGCACACUGCGCCUCACCAUUUAGCGGCAUGGGUGCUACGGGCAGCCUUGUCGGAGCCUAUAUCUUGGCUGGCGAGAUCAGUCGCAACCCGGACAAUCUAUCUCACGCAUUUGCCAAGUAUGAUGAGACCUUGCGACCAUUUGUGGAUGAGAUUCAGAAUUUCAAUUUAUCCCUGAUACGUUUAGCUAUCCCGGACACGCAAUGGGGCGUCGCAAUUAUCCAUUUUAUCGGCUGGCUGAUCUGCUUUCUUCGGAUCCCCGAUCUUGUGGCAAAAUGCUCGAAUAAGAAUAAAGGCGGAUGGAUAGUACCGGAAUAUUCAGAGAAUAGAUCACACUGGGAUCAAUAA